AUGGAUGAUUAUGAGAUUUUCUCGUAUCUCAAGAAUGAAAGAAAUAAUCAUCCUGCUUCAUUUCAUGUAACUUCGCUACACUAAGUUCCUUUGACUCAAAGAUCUUAGAAAAUGAUUACGCAGACAAUCAAAGAGGAUGUGGGGAAGCCAAAGAGUGUUGAGAAUAAAGAAUAACUCAAAAGGAAAAAAAAAAGUUACUUUUAACUAAAAUUGGAAAGAUAUCAAAAAGAAGUAUCUGAAUAGCAAUCAAAAAGAAAAUAAGAGUUACUGACUAAAUCUAAAAAUCUCUUAAAGAAAGACCUGGAUGAUAUAUAGAAAAUGACAAAUAAAGGAGUUAGAGAAUUUGAGGAAAGAUGCAAUCUGUAUAGCAAGUAUUAUUCAGAAGAGUUGAUGACACCAACUGGAAUGAGACAAGAAGACUUGAAUCUGCCUACGCACAAGUAUUCAACAAUUGAGAACUAAAACAAAUACAAAGUGCUGCUCAAAAGUAAGCCAAUACCUCAACCACGACUAACAUCAGAAUAGGAAUUUGACUAAUACCAAACUAAUCCGGAUAAAGUUUAGUUGAUUAGUUAAUAACUGCAAAAACUAAAUAUCAAAUUAAUAAAAAGGUCAAAUGAUUCUGAAAAUCAACUUUUUGAUGCAAUACUUAAAAAUGAUAGUUUUACAGUUCAUAAAUUACUUAUGGAAAACAAAAAUUUAAUAAAUAUUAGAAAUAGAAUUUAAGAAACACCAUUGCAUAUAGCCUGCAAAAGGAAUUUAAAAGAGAUGGUUGAAUUGCUAUUGAGACACUAGGCUGACGAAUCGUUAAAAGAUAUAUGGGGGCAAACCCCUAGAUAGCUUGCUUUGAAGCUUAGACAUUUAGAGAUUUUGAAGGUUUUAUCUUAUAUAUGA